GGUGUGUCACUGUUUCUCAAUCUCCAUCAAUUUCGUGUCCUCAAUUCUUCAUUUUCUUUUCCGUGUUAUAGAAAAUCAGAAACCGUUGCUUUUUCAUUUCUCAACAAACCGUCGUCUUAUCUAUCUACUACUGUCACACAUUGAAAAAGAAAGAAAGAAAAAAAAAGCGCAUAAUCACGGGAUUCAUUGUCAUCAUCACAUAAAACAAUAAUUUAAACUUGCUUCUGAUUGAUUUCUUCAUUUUGGAUAAAAGGGUUGUGAGAGAAACAAAAAUGGUGAUAUUAAACCUUGGGAGGAAACAGAAUAAGAUGAAUUUGCAGAAAGAAGGAGUGAGACUUGGGAAAUAUGAGUUAGGAAGAACUCUUGGUGAAGGAAAUUUUGGUAAAGUCAAGUUUGCUAAGAACACCGAUUCUCAACAACCUUUUGCUAUUAAGAUUAUUGACAAGAACAAGAUCAUUGAUCUUAAUAUCACUAGCCAGAUAAAAAGGGAAAUAAGUGCCUUAAAGCUCCUAAGGCAUCCCAACGUUGUUAAAUUAUACGAGGUGUUGGCUAGCAAAACAAAAAUUUACAUGGUACUUGAGUACGUGACAGGAGAGGAGUUAUUUCACAAGAUUGCAUCCAAGGGUAAACUUACCGAAAGUGAAGGUAGAAAGUUGUUCCAGCAGUUGAUUGAUGGUGUGAGUUACUGCCAUAGUAAAGAUGUCUUCCAUAGGGAUCUCAAGCUUGAGAAUGUACUUGUGGAUGCCAAAGGUAAUGUAAAGAUAACUGAUUUUGGCCUUAGUGCUUUACCCCAACAAUAUAGGGCAGAUGGGUUGUUGCAUACAACAUGUGGAAGUCCAAAUUAUGUUGCACCAGAGAUUCUUGCUAAUAGAGGCUAUAAUGGUGCAUCAUCAGAUGUAUGGUCAUGUGGUGUUAUCUUGUAUGUAGUCCUAACAAGAUGCCUUCCUUUUGAUGAUAGAAAUCUUGCAGUUCUUUAUCAGAAGGUUUUGAAAGGAGAUGUUCAUAUACCAAAAUGGUUAUCACAUGGUGCGCAAAACAUUAUAAAGAGAAUUCUUGAUCCCAACCCUGAAACCAGGAUAACGAUGACGGGGAUCAAAGAAGAUCCAUGGUUUAAGGAGGGAUAUAUCCCGGCAGAUCCUGAGGAGGAGGAGGAGGAGGAGGAUGUGUAUGUAGAUGAUGAAGCCUUUUCCGUUCAUGCAUUGCCAUAUGAAGAAGAAAAGAGGAGUCCAGGAUCGCCAAUCCGUAUCAAUGCGUUUCAGUUGAUAGGGAUGUCUUCAUGCUUAGACCUCUCUGGGUUUUUUGAGAAAGAGGAUGUAUCUGAGAGGAAGAUAAGGUUUGCAACAAAUAUUUCAGCCAAAGAUCUGAUGGAGAAGAUUGAAUACACUGUGACAGAAAUGGAAUUUAGAGUACAAAAGAAAAAUGGCAAAAUGAAAGUGAUACGAGAGAACAAGCAUAAAACUGUUGGCAGCCUCUCAGUGAUAAUAGAGGUUUUUGAAAUAAGUUCAUCAUUGUAUGUAGUAGAACUAAGGAAGUGUUAUGGAGAUGCCUCUGUAUAUAGACAGUUAUGCAAGAAGUUAUUAAAUGAUUUGGGUGUUCCCCAAGUAAAGCACUAGUGAGCUCAGAAGUGAAAUUAGAAGCCAGAAUGCGCGGAUCCAAAAGAUACAUAGAUGACUACAAAAACUGUUGUAAAAUGCAUUAUGUGUAAUAACAAUGUUUGAUAGUAAUAGUGUGAGGUAUGAAUUUAGGAACCAAUUAAAUAGUCGAACUGAAACAUCAAUAUGUAAAAAUAAGUUUUAGUUUUAGUGAGCCUGAAAUUGUAUAUGUCAUCUUACAUAAAAUUUCAAAUAAAGACAGACUAAACUUUGGAAAAUCAA